UCGGGCUCCGGGCCGGGGUGGAAGCGGUGGUGCGGGAAGGGGUGGGAGGAGGGUGGCUCCCAAGGCGCGCGGGGAAGAGACACCUGGCAGGGCCAUGUGAGAGCCAGGCCGUCCCCAGGGCCGAGCCAAGGUUGGUUGCCAAGGAUUUGCACUCAGCAGCCCUGGGUAAGAUGGGGGAUCCGCAGAGCAUGGGCAGCGGCAGGGCCAGGGAGCUGCGGGGCCGGGGGCAGGGGCGAAGCCAGGCCCAGGACUGUCCCUGUCUGUGCCGGGAGAGGGCCAGAGCCCGGCCACUGGGCUGUGAAGCCAAGGGGCCGUCCCUCCCUCCUCUCUGCCGCCCGGGGCCCAGUGCCCUCUGUCGUGGAAUUGCCCACACGCCUCUCUCUCGCUGUCCCGGCCUCCCUUGUGAGGUCCCCGCGGACUCCAUCUGAUGGACGGAUCCCCCCGGUCGGCACCCCCUGUCAGCUGACGGGCGCGGAGACGGAUGGAAGGGGCUGGCGCCCGGGGGGCCCACGGGGCUGAGGUCAGGCCCACGGGUCAUGAGCUCGGAGGCCGGCACGUCAGGCUGCUUGACCGUUCUGGUUCUGUGUUUCCACAGGCGCGUGAGGCCCUGGGAGCUCUGGGAGAUGAAGUUCGGCUGCCUGUCCUUCCGGCAGCCUUAUGCGGGUUUCGUCUUAAAUGGGGUGAAGACCCUGGAGACGCGGUGGCGGCCCGUGCUGAGCGGCCAGCGGCACCGCACCCUGGCCGUCCACAUCGCGCACAGGGACUGGGAGGACGCGGCCUGGAGGGAGCUGCUGGCCGGGAGGCUGGGGAUGAGCCCCGCGCAGAUCCAGGCCUUGCUGCGGGACGGGGAGAAGUUCGGCCGCGGAGUGAUAGCCGGGCUGGUUGACAUUGGGGACACUUCGCUGUGCCCGGAAAACUUAGGUCCCAACGAGGUUGCGGAGCUGGAGAAUCAAGCCCUGCUGCCCAACCUGCAGCAGAAGUACCUGACUGCGCUUGCCAACCCCCGCUGGCUGCUGCAGCCUGUCCCCGGGAGAGGCGGGAAGGACGUCUUCCAGGUGGACAUCCCCGAGCACCUGAUCCCCUUUGGGCAGGAGGCCUGACCAGACUGGGCUCUCGAGAGGAAGGUGACCGAGAGACCGGCUCAUUGUGCCACCGUCCACUCGCCUUCACGCCCUGGACGUGCACGUCUGGUUCGGUCUGAAUCGGCCCUGCCCCGGGGAGCGCUGCCCGCUCCGUGCUGUUCACGGAAGCAGACGUGCCCACCUGGUGCAGGGACAGGGGUUGGGACUCUCCUCGUGCGAUGCCGCUCUGGGCUCAGCGACAGAGUCUCGAGGACUUUGACCUUUAGGAAAAGAUGGCAGGGCCACUCGUUUUGGCCCUACUGGUUCUGGGUGGUUGAGAGAGAUGUGUUUUGGGGGGACCAGUUAGCGUUUUCCCCUCUUUGGCCUGGUCAGAGCUCCCAGAUGUUUGGACCGCGUCUGGGGAACGAACGAUGGGGGAAGGCCGGUGGCGGGCCUCGUGCACGCGCGAGAGGACCGCAGGCCCAGAAAGAGGGCGCGGUCUGUCCUUGCAGGUGACCCUGGCCCUGUUGUAAAGCGUCCCUUGGCUCACGAAGCGUGUGUGUUAGACGUGCUGCCCGGCCACUUCACGUCCGAAGACAGGCUCCUAAAUACAGCUCUGACGGCAAAGUGAAAA